AUGACAGAGUGCACACUACGGUUAGACUCUUCUUCUCGCGCUCUCUCUGCUAACUUGCACAUAUCACCUACCCAAUUCUCUCCUCUCCGCCAAUCUCUGCCGUUGACAUCUACAUCUAUAAUUGGCAAGCCACUUUUUUGCUCGCGCUCACAUAGGAGAAUCUCAGUAUUGAGUAGAAACUCCCCGAGAUCUCAGUUUAGAACUAAAUCAUCAGUGGCUGAGACUGUGAUAGGUAAAAGUAAAGGGAAAGUUGAAGUGUUUGAUAUUGAAGAGGAACGUGCCGUGUCUCUAGCGAAGUACACAGCUGAUUUAUCGGAGAAGUUUUGCAAAGAGAGAGGUUCUUUUUCUGUUGUUGUUUCCGGUGGUUCACUUAUCAAGUCUCUUGGGAAAUUGAUGGAGCCACCAUAUAUUGAUUCAAUAGACUGGUCGAAGUGGCAUGUUUUCUGGGUGGAUGAGAGAGUGGGCCCAAAGGAUCAUCCUGAUAGCAAUUAUUUGCUUGCUUAUAAUGCUUUUCUAUCCAAGGUAUUUGUGUAUUUCUAA